AUGGCUCGUACUCAGUCGCAUCCGUCACACCCAAACCUGGAAAGCCAGGACCCCCCAUCGCCAUGGUGUUACUUCCACCACCACCACCAUCUCUCACAAAUUUUUGGGUUGCUGGCAUCCGCAGGCUUUGAGAGCCGAAGGGGGACCCUGACAAUGUCCACCCGUGAGGCCCGCGGCGACGUCACCCGCCCCCCAAUUGCUCCGAUGAUGGAAGGCCACAAAUCACUGAAGUGGGAGGCGUUGGAAUAUGCACAUCCUCUCAAGCACACCAAAAGCGAAAGGCGCCGCGCCACACUUGAAACGCGACAACUCAACCUCCAUUUUGGAUGGCGCAAACUAAGAGGUACCUACCACUGUACAGUAUCCGUAAGAUACCUUAGCUGCGGAUCCUUCCUCCAACUUGGAAUCCACACUGCCUUACCGAUACCGCCUCCACGCCUGUUUUGUCUUGCUGCUAGCUGGCUGGCUGACUGCUGGCUGACUGCUGGUGUUGCUGCUGCUGCGCAACGGUGGUACACAGUCGUGGCAGUAAGGUACUCCUCCUCCCGCUUCCCAAGUUUCUCGAGAGACGUCCUCCUUGACCUCUCCCACCUUUCAACGUUUCGACCGAACACAUCCCUUCUUCUCCUCCUCUCCCUCACCUCCCUCACAAGUCACAUAUUCACUCCUCCCACAGGACCACAGCAGGACCACAGGACCCCCCUUGGAUCUCUCCCGUCCACAACCCCGAAACCCGUCAGGCGCAUUGAGUUGAGCACCGACCCGCGCGGCCAUACCGCAUUCCUCACCACAGCCCUCACUGCCCUCCUCGAGCUGUGCAACCCUACCGGCAACCUCCUUGAACAGCCUGCCCUGCCCUGCCUGGGAUUGGAAGGCCAGAAAGCACGAGCAAAACCUUGCGCACCUCACCCACCACAACUUUGGACUGCCGACAGAGACCGAUCCGACGACUCUGAGAGAGAGAAGGUGCGACUGUCUUGCUGCGCGACUGCAACUCUGCGACUCGACUCUCUGAGAAGCGCCGAACAGUCCCAACUUUCCCAUCCUAUCCACUUUCCACCUCGACAUCUCCUUCCUCUCUCCCCCGCGACAAGACUCUCUACCUCCAGCGCCCACCUCAAUCUACCUAACGCCUACGGAUACAACGUCUCUGACUGGCCAAGAUCCAAGUCUGCACAGCACGGCGCAUCCGCAGCACUGCCAACAACGCCGCCGGCCUCCCAAGAAGCAGCAUCCCGCUCUCCCCGAGGGACGCGAAUCGUCUUCCCGAUCCAUAGUCAUAUCCACCCACGGACUCUCCUGGCCACAAACAUCAGACACUGGCAAGUAACUUGGUCCCCUUCUGAUAUUGACCCUUGGCGUCAUUCAUCCCACAUCUUCCUCUCCCUCCCGCACAAAGCCCAAGACCUGAUUUGUCCCCAACAAUCCCCUACUACCCUAUGUAUGGUCUACGGUCAAAUCAUCUCGUCAUCCGUACCUGACCGCACUGCCUUUGUCAAAGAGCUUGCUUGUCCGGCGCAUACUAUCCGUACAUCGAGGAAGUACGAAUACGCACCUUCCGUGGCGCAAGCUUCUUUUCCUCUUCUACAACUACCUCCUUCUUGCCUCCCUAACAUCCUACUUCCGAUUUACGGCAACUUCUUUGUGUAG